AUGUUGUGUCGUAUCCGGGGCUCACCAGUCACCCCAAAACGACCGCACGAUCGUUUAAACUGGCCUUGGGUUGCGGGCACUGAGAAGGCCUCAAAAGAAACGCGAUCGCGCGGUGUCCCGCCAAGUGGAAGCGAUCGUGCGGUAUGCUGCGCGAGCGCCCGCGCCUGGCGGUGGAGGGCCACGACUGGCCGCGCGCCAGCGCCGCCACCGCAUUCGCCCCGCGCCCCACACCCCGCAACCAGCGCCCGAACCUCGCUGACGUCAUCCGCCGAUGACCCCGACGCACGACACAGGCGGCCGCGGGACGAACACCUCUCGAUCUUUCACGGAAACUCAGGUCCCUAA